GGGGCUGACUCUGCCUGCCAUUGCCUCGCCGGCCUGCUACCCGGCCUUUUGCCUACGGUAGCUUUUCUCAGGCCCAACCCGGAGUCUGGGCCUUGAGCUACUUCGGGAACAGCCGCUGCCACUAGCAGAAGUGCGGACAACGUCCCUCUCUCGCUGCUUCCAGCCCCCGCCUGCGUCCGAGCCUCCAUGGGCCGGACUCGGAAGCCCAACGUCUGCCUCCAGCUGAGCCGCCGGGCGCUUGGCUUCUUCUCACGCGAUGCGGGUGUGGUGCAGAGGACCAACCUGGGCAUCCUGCGGGUGCUGGUGUGCCAGGAAAGUACCAAGUUUAAGAAUGUUUGGACAACCCAUUCCAGGUCGCCAAUAGCCUAUGAGAGAGGAAGAAUAUAUCUUGAUAAUUAUCGGUUCUGUGUUAGCAGUGUUGCAGCAAAGCCAAGAAGACUUUACGAAAUGCCAAAAUGUUCCAAAUCAGAAAAAAUAGAGGAUGCUUUAUUAUGGGAAUGUCCAGUGGGAGAAAUACUUCCCAGUCCAUCAGAUUAUAAAUCCUCACUCAUUGCCUUGACUGCUCAUAAUUGGCUGCAUCGGAUAUCUACAACUACUGGAAAAGUCCUUGAGAAGAUAUAUCUUGCUUCCUAUUGCAAUUUCAGGUACUUGAACUGGGACACUCCCCAAGAAGUCAUUACUAUCAAGUCAGCUCAGAUCAAAGUCUCAGCAGUGGCCCGCCAGGCCGGCAUUCAACAGUCUGUAUUGCUAUACCUUGCCGUGUUUCGUGUUCUCCCCUUUUCACUCAUUGGGGUUUUGGAGAUCAACAAAAAAAUUUUCGGGAACGUUACAGAUGCUACCUUGUCUCAUGGAAUACUGAUUUUGAUGUACAGCUCAGGACUGGUCAGACUCUAUAGCUUCCAAGCCAUCACCGAACAGUUCAUGCAACAGAAACUUGACUUAGGGUGUGCAUGCAGAUGGGGUGGGACUACUGGAACUGUAGGAGAGGCUCCUUUUGGCAUUCCUUGUAAUAUUAAAGUCACAGACACUCCCCCGGUGCUCUUUGAGGUGUGCUCGCUGGAGAAUACGUUUCAGAUCGGUGGCCAUCCUUGGCAUUAUAUCAUCACACCUAAUAAGAAGAAUCAGAAAGGAGUUUUCCAUAUUUGUGCCCUAAAAGACAAUUCCUUGGCAAAAAAUGGGAUCCAGGAAAUGGAGUGUUGUUCUCUAGAAUCUGACUGGAUCUAUUUUCAUCCUGAUGCUUCUGGUAGAAUAAUCCAUGUUGGCCCAAAUCAGAUCAAGGUUUUAAAGCUAACUGAAAUAGAAAAUAAUAGUUUCCAACAUCAGAUCUCGGAAGAUUUUGUCAUUUUGGCCAACAGGGAGAACCGAGAUGACAACUUAAUCACUGUGACAGCUUCUGGCCGGGUAGUCAAAAAGCUCCUGAACCGUCUGGAUGAUGACCCAGAACAAGAGACUUUCAAAAUUGUGGACUAUGAAGAUGAGUUGGAUUUACUCUCUGUGGUAGCCGUUACACAACUAGAUGCUGAAGGAAAAGCUCACCUGGAUUUUCACUGUAAUGAAUACGGAACUUUGCUUAAAAGCAUUCCAUUAGUGGAGUCAUGGGAUGUGACACAUAGCCAUGAUGUCUACUUUGACAGAGACUUGGUACUGCACAUUGAACAGAAACCCAACAGGGUCUUCAGCUGCUAUGUUUACCAGAUGGUAUGUGACACGGGGGAAGAAGGCGAAGAAAGCAGGAACACAGAAGAAGUUGUUAAAAAGGGAGCGACUUUUAAGUAUUGAAAUAUAACUUGUGAAACGUAUAGCCAGGCUCCUCCGCAGCUCUGCCUAAUCUUCCUUUUUCAUUAUGUGUGUGGCAAGUCUUCCAAGAUUUUCCAGAACAGUCUUGUGUUGACUUUAGGUGACUCUUGGUUCUUUUUUAAGCUCUUGCUCUGGAAAGUGUUGACAGCUUCAUUUUAUGUAAAGGUUGAUGUAGAAAAUGAUGUCCCACGAAGUUUAGCAUUUUGGGGCCUCUAGCAAGGUAGUAACACAAAUGUGAAAUACAGAGGCAAGUCAGUUUUAAUUGUUAGAGGGUCAUUGAUGUGGAAGUGUUUAAGGUGGGUCUUAAAGGGUGGCGUGGUAUUUUGAUAGGUAAGCCUAAAAGAUGUAUAAAGAAAUCCUGUGUCCUCUAUGCUGAGCUUCGUUUAAGGAUGAAAAAUGAGAUCUGUAAUGUGAAAGCAUAUACAUUUGAGCCAAAAAUGUGUCAACAUGUUUUGUUUUAUUUGUUAAAACCUUAUUUAUGCAUGUAUACAUUUUAGUGUUCUGAGUCCUGCUAUACUGAAAUACCACGAGUGAGUGGCUUUCCUAAAGAGUUUAUUUCCUCGCAGUGUGGGGAUCUAGACAUCCAAAUUCAGACCACUGACCCGCGGACAAGAAAAGAAGUCUUCCUUCUCUCUGGGCUCUGGGGGAGGACUCUUGUCUCUCUUCACUUUGCUUCCUCUGUACCUAAGCCACUCUUUUUAUAUCCUAAAAGUGAUUACCUUGAGACAUAGUCUACACUGACAUGGUCUCAUUAAUUAACAAAGAAAGUCAUAUUCCCAAGUGGGAUUCUAUCUCAGGUAUAGGAGUGUAGGGUUUGGAUCACACAUUUUGAAGGGACACAAUGCAAUCCAUAGUAGUAUAUAUGUUUUAUAUUCGUAAAGAAUCUCAGGAGUUGGCUCUACUUCCCAAAUUAUCUUUGUUAAGAUUAUCUUUAAGAUUAUCCCAAGUUACCUUUCUUAAUGACAUUCCCAUUGAAUAGCUGUCUGUCCAUUAAAGACUAUUGUAAAGGAUUCCAGCUAACCUUAAGUGAAAUUUUUUUCUGGUAUGAGGCCUGCUUGGCUCUUAGUACAUCUAAGGGUGUUAUUCUCAUUUCACUUAUCUGGUUAUUUGGUGAGUCUUACAGCACAUUAAAACUGUAAGAUUCAGAUACCCCAGACUGAAUAAAUUCUACUCCCUGGAGAAGAAUAGCUAAAAUCUCAAGAGCAUUUUUUUAUGUAUAUAUAAAUCAUUUUAUUGGGGCACU